AUGUAAUCAUAUAGAGAGGCUUUAUAACUGUUCUAAAAAAAUUCAAUGAAUCUACCAAUGAAGGAACAUGAAGAUAAAUUAAAUGUAUUAGUAAUUCCAACUAGAUUAUGUUAGAAUACAUAUUACAUGAAUUAGAAAGAGAUAAAAAAGAAUUGUAAAUUUUGAGAUAAGAAAUCAUUCAUGAAUCAUACUUAUAAUCCUCUAUAAACGAUGACACAUCAACUAGUUUCAUAGAAGAAUUAGCAGACUUUACUAGAAGUUUUAGAAUAUUAGCAGAAGAAUCAACUAAUGAGACUAAUGAAAUAAACAAUUAAGUGGAAACAUUAAAAAAUGAAAAAGCUAGAAUCAGAAAAUCCACUAAUCUAUUGGAUCAUAGAGUAUGUGAAAUGGAAAAAUUCUUAGGAGUCGGAUUAAAUUAAGUUAAUUCCUAAGAAGCCAACAAUUGA